ACAAUUCGUGAUCAGUCUCUCAACAGGCCUAACAGUCAUAACAGUCUUCUUUGAGAUUUCUAACGCGAUGGAUCAAUGGGCAGGGAAAGUCGCUUUGGUCACCGGAGCGAGCAGCGGAAUAGGCGCAGAAACCGCAAAAUUGCUCGCGAAAGGUGGAAUGAAAGUGAUCGCCGUCGCGAGACGAUUGGAAAAUCUGAAAGAAUUGGCGGCGUCUAUCAAAAGUGAAUUUAACGUUCAAAUCUACCCGAUCAAAUGCGACGUCCAACAAGAGGAGGAAAUUCUCAAGGUUUUCAAGUGGGCGGAGGAAGAACUGGGAGGUGUUGAUGUGCUAAUUAACAACGCUGGUGUAGUCGUAAACAAACCGAUUAUAGAGGGAGCAACGGAGGAUUUCCGCAAAAUUAUAGACGUAAAUGUGAUAGCGAUGGCGAUUUGUUCGCGCGAGUUGGUACAAUCUGUCAAAAAGCGCAACGCUAGAGGGUAUAUCUUUAAUAUUAACAGCAUAGCGGGGCAUUAUGCAGAUUUGAUUACUAUGCCAAUUAGUGUAUAUGCCGCUAGCAAAUAUGCUGUCACUGGAAUGACAGCGAGUUUACGCAACGAAAUAAUAAACGCAAAACUUGAUAUAAAAAUUACGAGCAUCAGUCCUGGUAUGGUACAAACAGAAAUGAUAGAGAAAGCUUUUGAAAGUCUUGGCGAUGUCCAAACCCUGUUGGAAGGUGUACCGAUACUAAAGGAUAAGGAUAUCGCAGAUCUAGUGAUUUAUGGUUUAAGUACACCACGAAAUGCGCAGAUAUGCGAAGUCAUAAUAACGCCACAUGAAGCUAUUGCUCCGAAGAAUCCUAGGCCAUUCUCAAAUCAAUAAUACAUAUGCUGCAUUUAAAGUUGAUCUUCUUUUGAAGCUUUUAACAGUCACGCUCUUCUGUAAAGCAAGUGGAACUGAAAAACAAUAUUUCAGUUUCAUUUAAAUUCCUCUGAGAUAAAAAAAUGAGUAAUAGACAAUAAAUAGAAAGAGAAAUAUUUUUAUAUUCAC